CUGCAGCAUGCGGUCUCAGAAUCCACAGAAUACGAGAUAGUAAAGUCUCACUUAGCUAUGCUUCUUCUGUCUUACCCCCCUCCUUUCAUCUAUGUCCACGAUCCGGAUAACGUCCGACUAACCACGGCCGCCAUCCGUUCGACUCUGUCCCACCUCGUGUCGGAAGCCACAGACGUACCGAACCUCAAGUACGCCUGUGUGGACGCCGUGGCAUGUUUCUCUCCGAGGAUCCUCUUUGAUACUGCGCUCAACGCGCUCGCAGGCUGGACACCUGACUGGCGAGAUGGCGCGCAGAACUGGGAAGGGCCUGCUGGCGCCGAGACUAGAAGGUACAACGAGAACUUCGACGCCUUUGUCCAUGGGCUGCAAGCUAUCUCCUCGGGCGUGUCUGCGUCCACGUCGUCAACGAGCGGGAUGGGUGGUGAGGGGAAGAGCAAGGCGAGGGCGGAGGAGCGUGCCCCGGCUGGCGAGAGGAUGGUUUUGAUUGUUGAGCGCGCGGAGCGUCUUAAAGACAAUCUGCCUGACCUGGUCGUUCCUCUCACCAGAUUGGCCGAGAUGUCUCAGGUGGAGAUCACGACCAUCUUCGUCUCUGAAGUACAAUGGCAAAACAUUCGGCCCUCACUGCGCGCGUCGCCAGAACCCUACUACAUUGACGUCCCGCGUCUCUCGAAGCAAGCUACCAUUGACCUGUUGGCAUCCUCCUUCCCACCGGCUAUCCCAGAAUCCUCGACCUCGCGCGCAACACACGUGGCUGCGUACCACCCUUCGCUCAAGCCACUCUACGCGCACUUCCUCGCGUCGGUCUACAGUAUCUGCGGCCCAUUCACUCACGACCCCCUCGAGCUCAGCUACAUCGCCGCAGCGCGCUGGCCAGGCUUCGUCCAGCCCAUCCUCGACGCGCAUCGUCAGCAGCUCCAAGAAGACGCGGAAAGCGCGACUGCCGCCGACGCCGACGAUCCGGAUGCCGAAGGCGACCUCGAAGACCCGCACGAGAUCCCGCCCGUCGACGAGGACGCGCGCAUCCGUCUCCUCCGCCUCUUCACCCCCUCACUCACUGCCGCUCUCGACACCCUCUACCCCCGGCUCACCAACGCGGCACACUGGGCGCGCGUGCACGCUCCGCCCCCCGACCUCCUCACCAUCCACCUCGGACAUGCCCCAGAGGCACUCGUCGCACAAGCAGCUGCAAACGCCGCAAGCAUAAGCGCAAGCGCCCCAGGGCUGACGGAAGCCGGUAUCGACGCGCUCCCGCGCAUGGCCAAGUUCGUGCUCGUCGCGGCCUUCGUCGCGAGCACGAACCCCGCGCGGAGCGAUCUGCGCAUGUUCGGCCGCGGGCUGGACGAGCGCGCGAAGCGGCGCAGGCGCAAGGCGGGGACCCCGCGGAAGCCGAAGCCGGGCACGACGGGCACGGCGGUGAAGCUGCCGCAGAGGCUGCUGGGGCCGCUGGCGUUCCCGCUGGACCGGAUGAUCGCGAUAUUGGGCGUGCUGCUCGAGGAGAACGACGCAGAUACGCGGCCGGUUGCGCCCCAGUAUACGUUGCCGGGGGAGUAUACGGAGAUGGAGAUCGCGAGGGUGGCGGUGUAUGCAAACAUCGCGGAGCUGGCGAGUAUGCGGCUACUUGUGCGGAUAUCCCCCGUUGAUAGUCUAGACCGCACGCCUACAUUCAAGUGUGGCAUUGGGUACGACCUCGCCACAAAACUUGCUCGCAGCAUAGGAAUCAUGCUGAACGAUUUAGUAUACGAGGCGUUGUAACGACAGCUAUCAGAAGCUCACCUCGUUGAAUGCGAACUGCGGCGUCUGAGAUUGA